AUGUGUUCUGGUUCAAUUGAUCAGCACAAAUUGGAAUUAACUAGUACUUCACAUGAAUGGGAAAUCCCUGUCCCCCUUCACCAAAAGGGAAAUCUUAUCGAAUUGCAUAGUCCAGGCUCUGGAAGCAAGGAUGGGAGAUCACCCCACACUCCCAACUGCUUAGUCACUAUCUACAAAGUAAAAACACAAUGCUGGGGUCCUAAACUACGAACAAUAGUAGAUGAAAGCGCAUACUUUGGACUACAAAAAAGACGAAAGCGCUGGACCAACUCGAAUUCUGGUCAGCCCAAUGCAGAGCCAAUCACGGGGCCCGCCUUCCCCGAAAGGCGGGGUCGCACCGCCGGGACUGACGCCAUUCAUGAUUUCACCUUUUCGCUUUGCUUGAAAGCGGUCGGACCACCUGCAUUGUCUGUCUGCGAACCACUCCAGAUCUUCAACAAUAGAAUUCCAUCAAUUAGUUCGAUAUGGCGACCACUCAUGCCAGUUCCAUUCCCAAGGUACCCAUGGUACUCCCAUAACAUAAAUAGCUACAACUUCCUUUCAUCACAAAAAACACCAAAACUAACACCACUCCCAAUGUCCGUUCCAGCCACACCACCAGCAACAACACCGCCAACAGCAUCAGCAUCAGCAACCUCCGAACUGCAAUCCUCUCUCCGCGAGCUCUCCCUCACCAAUAAAAGCCCUAUUAAGGACAUCCCCCGACCAACUCCCCCCACCUCUGUCCCCAAACAACACCACCACACAGUGAAGAAGAAAAAAGAGCCUGCCCCCGUCGCCGACUCCUGGGAAGAUGAAGUAGACUCUGCUUCCGCCUCUGACCCCGAAGGAGGAGCAGCCGAGAUUUCAUCUACUUCCCCCGCUACCUCCUCCCGCUUCGCCAGCCCCGCAUUGUCGCCUUCCAUCCGUUACACUGAAGGUCCUCUAGACCCCCCGCCCACGCCUAUCUCGCCGCAGACGUCUGCGUCACAGCCGCCGUGGCCUACGUAUGGUGGACGAUCAGAGGCAAGGUCGCCGGCGAGGAGGCCGGAGAAGCAGACGGCUGUGGCGGGGAGGAUGAUCGCCGGGGCGUUGGGAAUUCGGGCGCCCAAGCGCACGGAGGAGCAGCGGGCGUAUGACCGCGCGGUGAAGGAGCAGGAGAUUAAGCGGCGGAAUAAGGAGAGGGAGGAGGCGGCAAAGGCGAAGGAAGAGGAGGAGAAAGCUAAGGCAGCGGUGUGGGACAUGUAA